AUGCGUUUCACUUCGCUUGUCGCCCUUCUUCCUGCCGUCGCUCUGGCUCAGGAGCAGGUUCCCCUGGCCGACCGUGUGCAAGGCUGGUUCAACAAGGCCAAGGCCUACGUGCCGACCGCCGUCCCGGCCGAUCCUAUCGAGAAGAUGGCCGAGAAGGUCACCGAGAAGCGCGUCACCCCGGUGACCCUGCAGAACUGGGAGUCCAUCCUGACCCCCGGUACCGUCGAGGAGGAUUGGUUUAUUUUCAUCACCGGCGGAAACAAGACCUGCUUCGGCCGCUGUGACCGCGCUGAGAAGGCCUUCAAUGAAUCCGUUCUCCUCUUCUCCGCCGACCCGACCUCCCCCAACCUCGGUCUGUUGGACUGCGAGUCCGAGCGCGUUCUCUGUUCCGCCUGGUCCUCCGGUGCUCCCUCUGUCUACUACUACCAAGUCCCCAAGGCCCAGCCCGCCGACCAGGAGCGCCUCCCCACUCCUCUCCAUGUCGUCUACAUGAACACCACCACCGUUACUCCCGAAGAGCUCUACCAGAUCCACUCCAAGAAGAACUUCGAGAAGGUCCCCGCCUACGAGGGUGCUUUCCACCCUACCGACGGCUGGAUCGCCAAGUACAACCUGACCCUCCCUCUGGGCUAUGCCAUCUACGGCAUCGGUGCUAUCCCUAGCUGGAUGUUCAUGAUUGGUAUAUCCUUCUUCAGCCGUACCAUCAUGGGCCGCCGUAUGGGUAACGUGGGCACUGAACCCCGCCGUCCAGCUGCUGGUGCCGCCGGUGCCGCCGGAAGUGCAAACUAA